AUGGCAUACACGGAGAGCCACGUAAACAAGGCCAUCGACGUGUUCCUGGACACCCGGAGCGGCUCACCGCUUGCGGUGACCAGCGCCAAUGCCGCCGUCUCGAACAACACCGUGGAUCACAACCGAUUUGCCACAAUGAUCGCCCUGCAGAACCGCCUCCUGAGCAUCAUGGCGGAAGCACAGACGAUUGUGCAGCACCUGCAGCAGAACGGCUUCUUUCCCCGCGGCUCUGGCGCCAACCCGGAGGAGGAUGCGGCUAACAUAAUCAUGCAGAUGCUGCGCGCCAGCCUCGAGGCAUCCAACUCGUCGGUCACGUCACCGAUCGGGAUGGGGAGCGGCUCGCCGUCGGCCAUGGACACCGGAAGCGCUCAGCGCGUGCCCAGUCCCAACUCCACGAACAUGCCCGCUGGCUUGGACGACGUGUCGUCAUGGGCUCCGACCAAGUCGUUCCCCGACAACAACAGCCACAGCCGUAGCGACACGGAGAACGCGAUCCACAGUGCGGUGUCGCACAACGCCGUCGAGGAGUUUCUUCUCUCCGGCCAAGACGGUCAGCAGCAGAAGCAGCAGCAAAACUACUCGAGCGCUGCGGGUGCAGACCACAACGAAGAAGGCGACGAGCUACCGGAAGGCUCGGAGAUGCUGGCGUUUGUGGAGUUCAAGCGCGGCCGCGUCCGCAAGUACGUCUGCGACCACCGCAUCGAGCCUGGCAACUACGUCCUCGUCGACGGCGAUCGUGGUACAGACUGCGGCCUAUUGGUGCAGACGAUCGAGCGCAAGCCGAACAACGAGACGGCCGUUGUAUCGAUGGAGGGCUGCGACAUCCGCGACGACAAGAUCAAGCUGGAGAACGGCCGCGUUCUGCGCCAGGCCUCCGAGGAGGACAUCGAUCGCCUUCACAACAUCAUCGCGAACGCCGAGAGCGUUGCGCUCAAGACGUGCCGUCAGCGGUGCUUGGAGCUCGGCAUCGACAUUGACCUACAGGAUGUGGAGUACCAGUUCGACAUGAAGAAGAUCAGCUUCUUCUUCGACUGUGACCACAGCGUCGACUUUCGCUCCCUCGUGCGGGAGCUAUACCGCACCUUUGGGGCGCGAAUUUGGAUGGAGAACAUCAAUCCCAAGGUCAAGAACUCUAUGCCGGACGCUAGUGGCCACGAGCGCGGUCACGGUGGUGGUCACCACGGUAAUGGCGGCGGCUGGCGCAAUAACCACCGCGGCGGGCGCGGGCGCGAAUACUGA